UGCUGAUCACAUGUGAAUACACUUGCCAUAUGUUUUUAUCAGGUGUAAAAAAAAAAAAAAUAAUUGGUUGAGAUGUUGGUCAGUUGGUUUCUGAAAUGUUUAGCUAAACCAUCAGCAGAUAUUUGGAGAACUGUAACAUUUUGACCAUUCCUUCAUUGUGCUUAAAAAAAGUCUCUUGCACCUUGUUAAACCUUACCGUAGGAGGCUUUGUCAUGUUAUUCUUUCAGAAGAUGGCUGUACAAAAUGUAAAGGUGCCAAUAGUUAUAAAAUUGUUGCAUAUUACUCAUUUGAUACAUAGGAAAUUCAUUUACAUUUGUUCAUAAAUGGUUGUAGUUUUGCUAGCAAUGGUAUUUCCUUUGACACAGUUACCAAAUAACCGGUUGUCCAGGUUGCUGCUUAGGGAGGAACACCUUAAAGGUUUCACUCUGGGCAAAACCAGAACACUGAGAGGAACAAACAAGAUGCUGCAACAGACCAGAAUUUAAAUGUGAAUUGAGAUAAAUAGCAUUCACAAAUGCAAUCUGGAUUUUUAAUGUUACCUGUCUAGUACUGAAGGGCAACUUAGAUUUAAUUGAAUACUUGUUUAAAUAUUUAGUCUAUGCACUGAUACCCCUACAUUUAAAUUAGAGCUUUAUAAAAUAGGACACAUUAAAUAUAAUCUCAUCUUUUGUGUACAGGGUUGCAAUUUGCUUCAAUAGGGAAGGCAGGGUUAGCACCGCCACCUCGCACCUCCAGGGUUCUGGUUCGAUUCCCACCUAGGGUCUGUGUGCAUGGAGUUUCUAUGUUCUCCCUGUGCUCGUUGGGUUUCGUCCGGGUACUCUGGUUUCCUCCCGGAGUUUCAAGACAUGCAGACUAGGCUAAUUGCCAUACCCAAAUUACCCGUAGUGUGAGUGUGUGAUGGAUUGGCACCCCAUCCAAGAUGUGCCCUAAGUCUCCUAGGAUAGGCUCCAGGCCCCCGCAACCUUAUAUACAGGAUAAAGUGGUGUAGAGUGAGUGAGUGAGGGAAGGCAGGUUUCGGUCAUACUUGUUCUGAUAUAGUGGCUUAAAUGUUUUUUUAAACAGUCCUAGAUAUAUUUCCAAUUAUAAAUAAUUAUUAUUUAUAACAAGUUAUACAGUAGAUUCUAUCAGUUUCCUGCCUCCUAGCUAACACUGCCUGUGUACGAGCGGAGUAACCGGAACAGCAGGUGGCGCUGUGGUGCUGUAUAGCGCUGUGACGUCUGCGCUAACAAUAGAGAGAUAGAGCGUUACAGGAAGCGCUGAUGGGAGUUGUAUUUAUCUUAGCAUUGAUAGUCAAGCUGCUUGGUCGGGUCCACGUUCUCCUUUAAAGUAUUAUUUUAUUAUUUAAUAUAAAUAUCACAUACUCGUUUGUCGCGUAAGCGUCAGUGUCAUGGAGCAAAAGAAGACAGUUGUUGUAACAGGUUUUGAACCUUUUGGAGAGCAUGCUGUUAAUGCAAGCUGGGUGGCAGUGCAGGAGUUAAAGAAGUUGGGCCUUGGACCAGCUGUGAAUCUACAUGUUACUGAAGUUCCUGUGGAGUACGAAGCAGUCCAGAAUCUUCUUCCUUCACUAUGGGAUCAGUAUAAACCACAGUUAGUGGUUCAUGUUGGAGUCUCUGGAAUGGCUACAACAGUAACCCUUGAAAAAUGUGGUCAAAACCAAGGCUAUAGUCGACCUGACAACUGCCACUCCUGUCCCAAGUCUGGAUGCUGUGUGGAGGGGGGGCCAGACUGCAUCGACUCCGCCAUCGAUAUGGACCUGGUGUGCAAGAGUGUCAACAAUUCAGACCUCGGAGUCUCCAUAUCUGUUUCAGAAGACGCUGGCAGAUACCUGUGUGACUACACCUACUAUGUAUCGCUGUACCUGGGCAAGGGCCGCUCUGCGUUUGUGCACGUCCCCCCCCUCGGCAAGCCCUACAGUGCGGAACAGCUGGCGCAGGCACUCCGUGCUGUAAUCUUGAAGAUGCUGGACUUGUUGGAGCACAGUACGGAAGUGCAACAUUGCCAGCACAGUCAUUGAAAAAUCCCUGAGCAGCUCUUAAACCCACUAUGUAACGUAUGUUCGGUGAUGUCCCAUACAAUGUAGGAAGGAAUGGGGUGAUUGUUGAUGUAGAAAAAACAUCAGACGAAACGGUCGAACAAGGACAGACAGCACUUUUUGGGGUUAGAGUUAAAAGAUUCCAGGAUUUGGUGCUAUGUAUAAAAUUUUAAUAUGAAUAAUUAGCCUAUCUGCACAUACAGAACCAUGUUCACACACACACCAAGAUCAUGUUUAGCCGCCUUUAGGUUUGAUUACAGAACACAAUGUGGUGUUCAGUUCAUGUGCGAAAAUGAUUCCUCAUGCUCCCAGAGUCCUGAAAUAUACCAAUGACAUCAAGGAAGAAAAACCCCAUAGAUGUGAUGCCCUGGUCAUUCAGUACAUUCAGGUCAUCAGCUGAUUUCAUUUUAUUGUCACAUAGCGUUGCUUAGCCUAGACCUGAUCAACUUUAGGAGAGCCAGAUCCUAAAACUGCCUCCAGAGGGUUGCAAAGUGGCCACACUCUGAAUGAAGGAAUGCUCUGGAAUAGGGUCAGUUUCGACGCUUCAGACCACAUGACCUUUUUCCAUUGCUUUAAAGUUCAACCUUCAUGCUCCUUUAUGCUUAUUGCAGCUUCACCAGGUGUUUAAUUUUUCCAAUCAUGAUUUCAUUUUUUCCGACCACAUAAUGUUUUGUAAUGUUCUUAACCCAAUUCCAGUAUGUUCAGCAAUCUUAUUAUUGCAGACUCAUAAUUUGACCCUUCUGAAACCUUUUUUCCCCCGUCCUUCAGUGUAUAUGUAGAGUAUAUAUACAGUGUACUCUACUCAUACCCAGAAGAUUGCAUCUUUAUCAAUACUGUAUGAGGAUCACUAAUUUUAUUAUUAUUUUUAUUUAUGUAAGAUUAGUACGUCCUCUCAUUUGAAAAGAAGUAUUAAUGUAAACGUGUUUAGUCUGGCCUAUUAGAAAUGACUAGCUGUAUUAGUAUGUACUAGAUGCAUACUCGUAUGUAAGCACAAAAAUGUCAGCAACCAGGUGCCUAAAGUUAACAUUAACAAAGUGAAAGCACACAAGUGAAAGCACACUGGAAACAUAGUUGCCUUUGCACACACACUAUAUGUAUACAUAUAUAUCAGGACCUAUUUUUGAAGGAUAGUAUUAUUAUAAAUAUUAUUAUUAAUAAUAAUACAGUUAAAUAAAGUAACAUGUGUGUUUAUUUAUAGUCUAUAAUUAGUCAUCAGACUGAUAUUAUCUUUAAACUGUCUGAGUCCAGAACCUAUAUGUGAAUUGUGCCUAAUAUGAUGUUAUAGAAAUAUAAUAUUUCUAUAAUUGAAAUUUCUAGCAAAAAUAUUUAAAAUUGAGGCAGUUAGUACUUGUCUAAUGGUGCCCCUUUUCUACUUUUUUACUUAAUCACAGAGAUAUGUUUUUUGGAUUCACCCCCUUACUGUUAAAAAUGAUUUUAUUAACUAAAUAUUAGUGAUUAAUAAUGUAUGGUACAUUACCUUCUUUAAAAGUGUAAUGUGAAAUGUAUUCCCUUCUUAAUAUUCCCUGUUCAUUCGGCUUAUCUGGUAAAGUAAAAUACUACAAUAAAUAACAUUAUUAGAACUAAUAAA